CAGAGAGUCAGAGGGCGGAGGUGAAAGUUCCUUUGCUUCUGGCUCAUGCUCUUUCCCUUGCUUACUCCCCAGCUGGUUUAGAAACCGAAGGCACCUGAUGUUUUUUUAUUUUUUUAUUUCUGUUCAGAAAGGUUUAUCAACUGAACUCUAAAAAUAAACAGUCUAUCUGCGCCUUUGUUAAAAAGAUCAACAUGACGGCGAACGAGGAUCAAGAGAUGGAACUAGAAGCUCUCCGGUCCAUUUAUGAAGGAGAUGACUGUUUCAAGGAGCUCAGUGCAGUUUCUUUUCAGUAUAGGAUCGGAGAUCAUGAUGACCCAAAAGCAUUCAUACUGGAAAUCUCUUGGCCUGAAACAUAUCCAGAAACACCUCCUAAAAUAUCCUUAGAUGCAUUUUUCAAUAAUAGAAUCUCUUCAGAGCAAAAGAAAUUAAUAAUGGCCAAACUGGAAGAGCAGGUAGAAGCAAAUCUUGGAACUGCCAUGAUGUACACAAUUUUUGAAUGGGCAAAAGAUAAUCAUAGCUGCCUAAUGGCAGAUCAUCAGCCUGUAAGUAAUGCAUUGACAUUAACAACAACCAAUGAAGAUUCUGUACCUGCAAAUUUGAUUACUUCAAUUAAGAAAAAAGAUAAAAAAGAGCACUUGACAAAAGCUCAAAAAAGAAAGCUUGCAGGAAAAACAGAUAACAAAGGAGAGCUUCCUCGUGGCUGGAACUGGGUAGAUGUAAUUAAGCAUCUGAGCAAAACAGGUGGGAAAGAUGAUGACUAGAAGAUUGUGAGGGUGAAGUGGAUUUCUUCUGAUUUUAAAGUAAAGUGCAAUGAUAAUGCAGGACCUGACCUCAGACCUUUUUGACACAAUGCUGCUGGACUAUAGCCUGGAGUUACUCUGUGAAUAUUAAGGAAUAGAAUGAAGCAGAAAAUGAUUAAUUAAAAACUGCAUUUCUGGGACACUUUAAUAUUUAUACAUUUCUUAUUAGUGAAAAGACGUGUUAAGGAGAGCAACAACCUUCUGUCACAUUAAAAUAUAAAAUCCACUAUAGUGGGUUUUUAAUUAAUAGGUUUUUGCUUUUUGUACCAAUGUACCUACAUACUGAUCAGCUUUUUUUUUUAUUAUUAUUAUAAAUAUUGGUGAUUACAAAAAAAUCCAUUCAUUGGUUUACUUUGCAGGUACAGACAUUUCUACAAAUUAAAAUCCUGGUCAGAAUAAAGAGAGACUUUCCAUAUAUUGUAUUUCUUGUAUCAUGUUUAUUAAAUAUUUUGCAGAUUUUUGUCAGUCAUGGCAUGUGUUUAUGAGGUACGUAUACGAUGGUGUUCUCUGCAGAAAUCAAAAUAAAAAUGCAAAUCUUAAGGGAAAUUUAAAUAAUUAAUUCUCUAUAAUGCAAAUAUAUACAUUUUCACUGACAUAAUUCAUAGCUCUUUUACAUUACAUUGGGUUAAUGUUACAUCAUAGAUUUGAAAUUAAAAGCUUUAACAUUCCUAACUUAAGUCCCCCUGACCACAUUUAUUAAAUUAUGUCCACUAUUUAUACAUUUUCAGUACUGCUUUUCACUUUUUCUUUUCUUAUCAUUUUUUCAUUUCUAUCCUCUUGAAUUGUUAUGAAGAAAAAAUUAACGUCAUCCUUUUUAAUGGCAAAAAGUUUCUACAGUGGUCAAGUGCAUCUGGUAUCAGACAAUAUAGCAUUAACAUUUUUUUUUGAGCAUUUCCUGGAUUUUCAUAUAAAACUCAAAUAUUAACAUUAUUUGUCUCAAACUGCACACAAAAAUGUCUGUAAAAGAAUCAUGCCAUCAAUGGUAUCUUUUUAAAGUUGUAUUUCAUACUCCACAAAAUUAUUAAAAAUAAAUAUUUAUCAGUUUUAAUCUC